CAGAAAUCAGUUCGAGUUCAACUGUCGUAGCGUUCAGACGUUUUCGGAAAAAAGCAAAAACCCGAGUAAAGAAAUAGAAAUAUACCCCCUGAAAGCUCAAAACGGUUCUCAGCAAAAAAAAAAAAAGAAAUAUUGAAAUAAAAAAAAUUGAAAUUUCAAUAAGAGAAAAAAAAAUCAUAUAUAAAAGCGGAAGCUUGAAAAAUAACGGAAAACAGACCACUUUGAAAAAAAAAAAGAUAAUACAACUAUCAAUACAAAUAAUAAAAAAUAUUGAUAAAGAGAAGGAAAUAAACCUGAAAAAAGUGAAAGUGAAUUAUUAAAAAAAAAAUUGAAUCAUCCAAUUUUUUUUGUGGAUUACCAAGGCAAAAAAAUAAAUAAUUUUUUUGCUGCAACCUCACCAUUAACCAAACAAAUUUUGUGGAUUACCAUUCCUGCUCCAGCGCCAGCCUUUUUUUGUGGAUUAGUUCCAGUUUUUUGAAAACCCCAACAUCAUCAUGGUUGUCUUAGAAGGUGGCGGUGGUGUUGUUACCAUCGGCAAUAACCAAUAUUUACAACCUGAUUAUUUGGCUCCAAUGCAGACAACGAUGGAUUCAAAGAAAAGUCCUUUGGCUUUGUUGGCUCAAACGUGUUCACAAAUCGGUGCCGAUUCGUCGGCUGUCAAACCCCUACUGGCAUUGGAUAAAUCGAAAAAAUCCGGUUCAUCAUCAUCGGCCUCAUCGACAUCGUCAAGUGUUGGUUCGGAGACUUCAGGUUCCGCCAAAUCACCGACCCAAGCAAAAUCACCCAAAUCGACAACACCCACCACCACAGAAGUCAAAUUGGCCUUUAAGCCCUACGAAACGAAUGUGCUGAGUCAACAGAAUCAAAAUACCUUCAAAUCAUCAUCAUCCUCAUCAGAUAUGGAUAACAAUCGUCCCAGCUCUAAGACUUCAUCACACAAUGGCGAAAGCACUCGAGUACCAUCACGCAACAAAUCGAAUAGCUCACCGGAAAAUUUCAAUAAAUCCCAAGAUUUGUCCACCUCUGGUGGUUCGAGUACUCCACAUGACACAAGCCGUAAGACGGUGUCACCAGCUGGUUCGUCACAACGUGGUGCCAGUCCCAUUGUUCGUUCCGGCAUGGAAGUGUUGAACAAUGCCAAUGGCUCGGCCCAGCAUCCCAAGGAAAUGAGCAGCAUGGCCCAGGCUGCUGCUGCAGCCGCUGCUGCCUACAAGGCUGCUGGUGCCCCAUAUGGUUUGAAUCCCCUGUCGGCCUUGUGUUGUCCUCCUGGCAUGGAGCAACAUGCCGCCGCCAAUCCUGCCUUUCGCCCUCCCUUUGCUGCUGGUGGUUUUUCACAUCAUCAUGCCGCCAUGUUGGCUGCCGCUGCUGCCAAUGGUGGUUAUCCUGGAGGUCCCGGACAACAACCCCCAAAUCCCUACAUUAGCUAUCAACGUAUCAAAACUCCCACCGGCGGUGAAGCAAUUGUGCCGAUUUGCAAAGAUCCCUACUGCCCUGGUUGUCCCUACUCGGCCCAUACUCAACAAAUGUUGAUGGGUGCCCCCUGCCCGGCUGGUUGCACACAAUGUGAACAUCAGAAAUAUGGCAUGGCUGCCAUGAUGGGUGCUGGCGCCGGUUUACCGCCAGGACAUCCCUAUUCGCAAGCUGCCGCCGCCGCUGCUGCCAGUGCUGCUGCUGCCCGUUCCGCACCCUAUGUCUGCAGUUGGGUUGUGGGUGAUGCCUACUGUGGCAAGAGAUUCCAAACAUCCGAUGAACUUUUCACCCAUCUAAGGACCCACACUGGUAAUCUGUCAGAUCCUGCUGCCGCCGCCGCUGCUUUGGCCCAAUCACAAGCUCAAUCUUUGCUGGGUUCUCUCUUUCCUCCAUCGGCGCUGAGAGGUGGUUAUCCUGCACCCCAGCUUAGUCCCAUGUCUGCGGCCGCCGCCGCUGCUGCAGCCUCACGUUAUCACCCCUAUGCCAAGCCACCAAGUGCCAUGGCGGCAGCCGCUGGUGCCUCACCAUUUGGUCCUCCCGGAGCCUUUAAUCCUGCUGCCGCCGCUGCUGCUGCUGCCUUGGGUCCCUACUAUUCGCCCUAUGCCAUGUAUGGUCAACGCAUUGGCUCGGCAGCUGUACAUCAAUAAAUUUGAUAGGGAACUUCGUGUGAGCAUGAAAAGCAAUAGCCCAACCCAUUGAGGGCUACUAGUGAAAGUGAUCUUUAUCAACAACCAUCUCAUGAAUGUCAUACCAAAAAAGAACAAAGAAGAAGAGAAAAAUAGAAAAGGAGGCAGAAUUUCCAGGGAUUCCUCUCGAGCAAAUUGCUCCAGAGUUAAGCCAAUAGAGGAGGCGUUUUCAAAACCACACACAUUUUGGAAGCAUAUACCGCUCAUUGUUGGUACACAAGGGCAACUCCCCCAGACCCUCCCAAAUGAAAAAACUGAAAAAAACAAUGAAAACUAAGAGUCAAAACCGUCCAAAUAAAUGGACUGGUUUCAAUACUGUGAUACUAAAUUGUAGUUUUGAAAAACAAAAAAACCAGAAUAGUUUGUUAGUUUUAAAACAAAAGAAAGAGAGAAAAGAAAAACAUUUUACUAAGACUAACUGGAAAAAAAUUAAAAAAAAACAUUUGUUUAAAAAAAUAUUAAUUUUUUCUCAAUUAAAAACAAACAGAGAAUAAUUUAUUUUUUUGUUUUGUUAAAAAUUUCAUCUAUCAAACAGCCAAAGCAUACAAAAUAUUUCCAUUGAAAAAAGAAAAAAAAAAACAAAAUUAUUGUAAGGAAAAAACAAUCCCAAAACUUCCAUAAUUUUGUUGCUUUUUUUAAAAAUCACAAGAAAAAAUAAUUUGCUUUGUUCAUUCGUUUUAUUUUUUAUAUAUAACAGAAAAAAAACAAUUACAUCUUUAUUAUUAUUUUAGUUAUUUAGUGCUUAAGAUAUUUUUUUAUAUAUAAAAAUUUAAUUGUAAUUUUGCCUAGUUUUUUUAAUUAAUUAAUUGCUAUAUUCAACAACAAUAUGUCUUUGUAUCCCAAAAAGAACAACAAUCACAACUCCAAUACAAUCCAAACAUCUUAGAUUUGCUCUACCUAUAAAUAUAUGUGUAUUAAAAACAAAACAAAUACAAACUAUAAUUGAUCUUAUACAAUACAAAAACAAAAAAUUAAUAAGAAAAACCAACACACACACACCAUAAUUAUAAUUGUAUAUUUUACAUUUGUUUGGACAUAAAAAAAAAAUACUACAGACACCUUAUAAAUUAUACUUAUUAUUAAAAGAAAAAACAAAAAACACAUACACACAAAAAACCCAAAAACAACAAAAUGAAAAAAAUAUAAAACAAAAAAAUUUGAAAAUUUUAAA